CGGGGAUCCGUCAUCUUCCUUCAGUCAUGGCACUCGCUCUGGGCUGGCUGUUUCUAAUCUCUUUGGCCAGCAGCUCCCUCGCCCAGUGGCCACCUCAGCUAUUGGGGCCACCUAAUGGGCAGUAUCCGCCCGUUCCGAUUGGAACACUAGCUCCGCCGCCCACUCUAACCCAGGAUCUGGAGCCGAUCCAAUUAUUGGUGCAAUGGAAGCAGCUGAAGCAACUGGCGGUUCGUUACCUCAUCAACGAUGCUCAGUUCCAGGCCUUUGUCCGGAUUAUCAACAGCAACGACGCCGUCACAGCCCGCUGGCGUUUGCUCUCCCAGCCGGAGCUCAUCCUCUUCCUGCAGUGGGUGGAUCAGCAACUCCUCGCCUCUGGCGGCGCCUGGGAAAUGGAGGAACAGGAGCUGAAAGUGCCACUGUUGAAUCGCUUUCCCUAUUGGUCAGGGACGGUCUAUGGCUGGCAAGGAUUCCUGAACGAGGCGCAGCUGUAUGUCCCCAUAUACGCCAUCCGCGCGCACAUCGAUGCGAAGCUUAUGCAGCCGGGAAUCUUUUCGCAGUUCUGGUCCAGAGUCCAGGGCCUUCGGGUCGUCUACGAUCGGUGGGUGGCUUCUCCCGAGGUUUCCCGCUUACUGACCGAUCUGCAGAACGCUGGCAUCGACACUGUCCAGUUGGACGUCGGGAUUCGACAGUUCUUUGGCUGGAAUGUCGUGAAUAUAACUACCACGGCCGCUCCAGCAACGCUCCCUGCUCCCACGAGGAUUCCGGGAGCGGUAGUACCCCCGAAAACUUCCAACACAGUGACUGUUUAGGGGACUUAGCUAAUGCACAGUGAUGGGGAAGAUAUAAAGUCUGGGUAACUUCAAAAGGACACACCUAGGCAUCGUAAAUAUUAUACAAUUUCAUGUGGAAUUUAAAACUAUAAUAAAAAUUGUAUGUGUUUGAACUAUAAAGGGGGAGAAAACUAAA